AUGUCAACAAUGGCAAGUAAGUGAAGCGUCGGGAGAGAUGUCUUCUCUGGAACAUUCCAGGAACUCUCAGAUUUGAUAAUUCUGACCACUGCAUUCGCAACAGAAACUCAAAGGCCACACUAUCCAGCAACGCCGCAGAUUGGAUCCUGAAAGAUCUCGUUAGAGUGGCCGACAACACCCCCACUCAGCCGUACGAGGUCACACCGGCCGAGCUCGACGCGAUCUACGCGGGAGGCUUUGCCCCAGACUCGUACAAGCGCUACUCGCAGACUUUUCUUGCAAACGACGUGCACGCAAAAGUGCUUUCAAAGGGGCUCGGCGAUGUCCUCAGAAACCAGACGCAAGACCUCUGGCACGCAUGGCGCGAUGCUUACUUUGCACUCAAUUAUGGUUUGUGAGUCAUAGACACGCGCCGCGAGGGAGCAGGAAUUGACAACUCGCAUCGCCGUGCACAGAUACUCGCCCGAGGGAGCAAAGAAGUGGAAAGCGAGCGUGGACACAAUCACGGAUGCUUUGAGCAGCGUCGUUCGGCUGUAUUCCAUCUAG